AUGAAAUUCUCGAUUAAAUCGAAAUCAGUUGAACAUUGCGGUGAAAUCGAAGGAAUCGAAGGAGAUUAUUGCAUAUCAGUUUGUUAUGAUGGUCAAGAUCAUAUCUAUUUGAUUAAUGGUGUCAAUGCUCUUUAUAUAGCAUACCAUUCAAUAAAGAAAAAAUAUCAUCCAAUUAACAUUGCAUCGUUCUCGGCAUGUCACGAUAGCAAUGGUACUUUCUACAUCUACGAUCAAAAUCACAAACGGUUCAUCAAAUACAAUGUUGAAGAAAGAGAGGUAACCGAACUCAAUGCUAUUCCUUCAAAGAAUGAUAAUGCAUUGUUGAUGUAUCAUAGAGAAUCAUCAAUAUCUAGUUUUAUCUAUUCAUUUGGUGGUGCUAAAUAUGGUAAUUUUAAAUAUUCAAUUGAAGAGGAACAAUGGGAACCAUUCUUAAAAGAUGAUAAAUAUGACAGAUAUGUACUUUCAAAUGCUACGAUAGAAAAGUUUAAUCAUCGUUGGCACAGAGAUUUAAGAGGAUCGAUAAUUACUAGAUUUUAUCGUCGCAAUAAUAAAAAAUACAUUAACAGAAACCGAUACUCUAGAAGAAAAUCGAAUGAAAAAGAUUGGCCAGUUUCCUCGACUCUUAGCUAUGCAUUAUCAUCAAUCUAUUUAACACAUGAUAAAAAAUGUUUGUUGGUCGGUGCAAUGAAUUCAUCGAUUCAGUUGUUGGAGAAGAAUUGUUAUUCUAAAAUCUAUGAGUUUGUUGUAUAG